UUUAUGCUUCAAAUCAUCAAAUUUUAAUACUGUUCUCGCUAACAAACCAUCCUUUAUUUGUAUAUUAUAAUAGAGAUGGAAUUGAUCUACAUAUUACUUUUCUGUCUUAUAUGGUUGCCUUUGGAAUCACAGAGCCAAGAAUGCGAUGCAGAUCAAGGACCUAGUGUUAAAGUCUGCACUGACCAAGAUGUAACUCAUAAAAGAUUGAUCUAUAUUGAUGCUAUCAGCGCUCCAGAUUUCAAGAGGUUAUCAUGUGAAUGUGUUAUUACACCUUACAAACGAAAUACCAUUUUACAUUUACGCUUAAACCAUUUGAAAAGCAGACGUAGUAUAACAUUUGAAAUAAAUGACAUAAGCAUAGGGAAGUUUCAUAUAACAGGCAGAACAAAACUAACAGGCGCGACGAAACUUUUCUAUUCUAAACUGCAAAAUCACGAAAGUGAUGGAGCCUGCUUAGCUGUUUAUUCAGUCAUGGGAGAUCAUUUUAACAUUUCUUGCACGAAAGCAACACAAACGACAACAAUACAGACUGGCACAACGUCUCUAUCUAAGGGGAGUGAAACUUAUAGCAUUUCGAGUGAAAAAUUCAACAUUUCUAGUACGAGAGUAUCAAGGGGGGCGAAACAUCAGAAAAGCACGGCAUCUGUUUCCCGAGGAAGUGAAACAAUAGAGACAACUUUAGAGCUUAAAUAUACAACUGUGUCAGGAGCAAACGAUUAUACAGCUGCUGUAAUACCAAGUGUGAUUUGUGCCAUGCUGCUUGUGAUAAUAGCAUGUCUCCUUAUUUACAUUAGAAGAUUGAAACAUCAACGUGCAAACCAGCAGCAAUCGAACGAACACUCUUUUACCCAACAGCUGUCAGAAAUGGAGACACGUUCAGAGGAAGUUCAAGUUGCAAUCAAUAAAGAAACAGCUGCCACCGCAACUCUCAAUGAAUAUGAACGAUUAAAUAUGUAUGAAAAUCCGAAUUGUAAUGCUGAGAUGUAUCAACAACUUGAAAUUGCUAAUGUUUAAAGUCAAUACAUAUUAUAUAUAUUUUCAAACCAGAAACAAAUCUAAUAUUGCGAUGGUUUUACAUGACAUAUACGCAAAUGUUUGGUAUUAUUUUUGUUAUGAUAUUUUAUAUUCAUGUGGCCUUAAACCAUAACAUUCAUUUGUGUACAUUUCCACUGACCAUAUAGUACAUGUAGAACAUUGCAUUCUCACUAAACCGAUAGCCAAAAAUAUGUAAAUGUUACAAAAAAUAGCGGUGUUGGAAAAUGUUAUCUCACAUAGUCUUAUCUCACACUCAACGUGCAGCACUUCCUACACAUACGCGAUUUACUCCUAUUUUCACAAAACUGAAACGUAAAAGGUCAAAAUGUAUUAAAAAUAUGUGAGCUAAUCUAUUUAAUUUUCCACGAAUCAAAAAAAGAUUGAUAUUAACUUUCACACUGCAAUGAGUCCUACUCUACCUAGGUACGCCCUUUUCAAUAUCGGUGUGUUUCUAAAAAUAGCACACUUUAAACUAUCGCAAACUUAUUCGUAAAAUCGGAUAUUAUGACACUUUGCCUCAAAAACAUCCAUGUUUUCUGUUAUGAUAACGAUGCUUCUUGAUGACGAAUCUCAUUUUGAUGUUUUUUAAUUGAAUAUUCUGCCAAAAUACCGAAUAAGUAGAAAAAUCUUUACAAACGGUAAACGCUUUUGUCAACCAUUAAAGUACGGACUGAAUUCCUCAUAAACACUUACACUAUUCCGACUUUAAUAUUGAUGUUUUUUAUCAUUAUAACCUUGCUUUUUGAUGAGGGAUCUCAUAUGAAUUUAUUUUCAUUGAAUGUUUCAUACGUAAACUUGAUCAGUAGAAUUGUUUGCGGACGUACAUAAGGCGCUUAAGCCCCGCCCCGCUUUUCAAAACUAGGUACUGUGUAAUGCGCGGUAAUGCGCGUAGCAGGUAGUUUAUUCUGUUUCUUGUGUGUCCCGGUGAGUGAGAAAAAAUCAAUCAUUGGGUAAAGUAGAGGAUAGGGAAAUCCCAACCCUCGGGCAAUCGGUUCCAUCGGGAACUCGCCAAGGCUCGUUCCCGAUCACCCUCGGAUUUAUUUGCAUUUCCCUUUUCUCUAUCUAACCCAAUGAUAGAUUGUAUUAUUCUGUGCAAUUAUUCCGCCGAUGCGACCGUCCCUAUAGUAAAGCUGACUUCAACAAACUUGUGUCUUUUAUCUUUUUGUAAAUUCACAUUUGUUAAUCGUAUGGACAAACUAAUAAUUUAUAAAAGUAUACAAAAAAUGUUUAGAAGUAAGAAAAGGAAUAAACAGUAUUUCCGAUCUUCUGUGCUAGUUAUGAAGGGAUCAGAUUUCAAAGGCAUUUUAAAGUGAUGUUCACAGGCCUGCUGAAGAGCAAAACUCAGACAGAAAAAAAUAUCUUAUUUGUUG